AUGGCACUGUGUAGAACUGGGCCAUACCCAUUUCUGGAGAGUAAUAGCCUAAGUUUGUCAACAAAACUUGUUUUACCUGUUCCCCUGCAUUUCGCUAGACAUAGACAAUCAUCUAAUGAAGGCAAGAGAAAGCACAAAGGAGUAUGCAGUUCAUCACUACAUGGAGCUGCAUCUCCUUCUUCCAUGGAGUCACAUGAAGAGGAUCUCAGUACCUUGUCCGUUUGCUUGGAAGAAGAAACUGAUCAUGUUGUAAGGUUCAAAAUGUCGGAUUUUAAGGUUUUAGAUCAUGUUAGCAUUGGCCUCGGUGGAAGGGCAGAUGAGGUGGUUUUUGAAGGGGAGGUGAAGGAUAGUGGUAGCCCUUUGUAUAACACAAGAGUUAUACUUCGACAGCUUUAUAGUACCCAAGCUCAGCGUCGAGGAAAACGAGCAAUAGAGGUAUUGAAGAAGCUGGUUCAUCGUAAACUUUUGUAUCAUUCUUACUCAAUGCAAGUUCUUGGCUAUAUCUCUUUGCCUGCAAGUGGUGGUAGUGGUUCAUUCAUCCUAGUCCAUGGGUAUCAUGGUAGUUUUUCUUUGAGACACUGGCUUCAACAGUCAGAUUGGCUUCAAACUUUAGAGGCCACUCUUGCACUCGACGAAGAGUCUGUUAGGAAGGUAGGAGAAGACACAACUGGAGGUCCUGCGAUUUCUAGGCAAUUGCGGCUUAUUCGAAUAUUGAUGAGAGAUCUUCUAAUUGGAGUAAAUUACCUGCAUAGUCAUGGCCUUGCCCAUACAGAGUUGAGGCUGGAAAAUGUGCAUAUAAGCCCAAUAGACAGACAUAUCAAAGUAGGCAUUCUGGGAAAUUCUGCUGACUUUUGUGAGGAUGGUUCAAAUAGCGGCUCUAUGGAAAACAUGGACAGGCGACAAAUGAUGAUUGCAUUUGACAUGAGAUGCGUGGGUUUCAUAAUGGCAAAAAUGGUAAUGGGAGAACUUAUGGAUCCUCUGAUCUUUGCAAAAUUCAAAUUGUUCCUCACAAAGGGGAAUGAUCCUUCAUGUUUGCGACAGCUUAUGCUAGAAAUCCUUGGUAGAAAUUCUCCAUAUGGAAAUGCUGGCUUACAAAUGCUUGAUAGGAACUGGGGUGCUGGUUGGCACCUUUUAUCUUUAUUGCUUGCAACCAAACCUUCUCAGAGGAUAAGUUGUUUGGAUGCUUUAAGGCACCCAUUCCUUUGUGGACCAAGAUGGCGAGUAGUUCCAUCAAUGGAUAUUAUCAGAUGGGGUUUGGGUUGUACUGCAAUGCGUAUUAGUGAGGAGUACAUUUAUCGCCAGCCUCAGCGCAGUAGGCUUGCCCACUUCAUUGACUUACUGGAGAUGUUGAAUCCUAAUCCAAAGCCAAAGAAUUGGCUGGAGCUGCUUCCUGGCAAAUGGCGUCUAUUGUACUGCACUGGGAAGCAUGUUGGGCUGACUAUUCGACAACCUACAGUCCGUGUACUAGUUGGGGAUUUGCAUUUAACUGUUAAACGAGAAUCGAAGUUGAAGUCAAACCUUUCCUUCGUCUCUGACAUUGGAUUCACAGUCAUGAUUGGUCAGGACUGGCCUCAUGACAAAGCUGGUAAAAGAGGAAAAGUGCAGGUGAGCUCUUCAUUUACACUAAGAGCUGGGAGACGAUUAUAUCUGAAGCAAGACAGUACAUCAGAGAAGCUCUCCUUUGGCCCGUCCGGCAAUGAGGAGGCUUUAGCUCAGAAAUUUACUAGCAAGAAAUGGAGAAAAAUAACCCCCUUCAAGGAGUUUCCAUCAAGUCUCCCUGCAGCCAAGCUGGCAUCUGGUGAUAUAGAUGUGACAAUGAAUCUUGAUGAUCCUUUAAAUCAAAACAUUGAUACAGCCAAAAAUGUUCUUCAAGAACUAAGAACUCAAAUUCCCCCUGAAAUAUUUGAUCUGUCAAAGGUUGUAUGUGGAACUUAUGUGGACUCAAGGCUGCUCGUUCUUCGAGGAGUUAAUGGAUCAGCUCUCCUAUUUACAAGGUCUUUUGUGGAUAGCAAUAGUUCUAGUUAA